UUGUGAAGGACUGAAUAAUAAUAUUUAAGUAGAUGUCAGGGAUACCAGACUAUCUGAAUAAAAAUGUUGAAGUUAUUCAUAAAGCAUUUGGACUGAUAGGAGAUUUGCCAUCUGAUGGUUGGGCUGAAGCAAUUCAAAAUACAUUCAGUUGUCAGAAAUUGACUGAAGAGUCUAAAGCAGAUGCAAAAGAGAAAAAAAGGGAUAGUUUAUAUUGCUACUUGCUUGACUUGUUUGACAACACACUAGAACAGAAGAACAAGUACCUGAACCAAAACACAGUAUGCCCCAAAAUUUCAAAAAAUGACACCAAAGAACAUAAGGAAGUAUCAACCCAAAAGUCCUUAGUUCUGCAAGAGAAGCCUGAUGAAGCAAAGCAGGCAGAAGAUUCUAAAUCUCCAAAUCCAGAAAGACAACAGUGUAUGGACAGUCAGCCCACUGAAAAAGUAUGCAAUCAAGGGAAGUACACUGAGCCUGAGUUAAAAGAACCGGACAAAUCUUUGUCAGAUAAGGUAGUAUCCAAUACCAAAGAAGGAAAGACUGAAUCAGAUAGUGAGGAAGAUGAAAUUAUCAUACUUGAUGCUUCUUUUGAAGAGCCUGCUACUAAUCCUCCUAAUUUUAGUGAAAUUCUACCUCAGAAAGCUCCAAAGAGUCAGAAUCAAUCAGAGGCACCUGAUAAGAGUGCUUGUUCUACAGUCACAGUCCGGGACUUGUUACCUGGGGAGCCAUCUGUGGAGAGAAAGCCAAAGUCUAAAAAAAAUCCUUUCACUAGACUGAGAAAUCGUAGAGAGCAGAAAAGUAACAUUAGCCUCAAUAUCAAAGCUUUGAGAAAACUUUUGAAAACUUCAAAAAGAUCCUUGAAUUGCCCUUGUUGUGAGAAAGAAUUCGCUUUCUCCUAUUCCUUGAUUAGGCAUAUUCCGAAGCAUUGGAGUGGCAAUAAGUGAGAUAAGCCAUACAAAUGUCCAAUUCCUAACUGCAUAAGAAGAAAUAAAGGGUUUAUUGAAAAGAGGGGUUUCAAGAAACAUUACGAAACCCAUUCAAGUCAUCCUCUCUAUCAGAAGGAUGACCCCUGUAAGCUGCCAGGCUUAGACUUCGACCUACAGAGAAUUAUAUAUGACUAUUUAGUAAAGGUGAUAGAGCUCAAGACAAAAGAUAAAAAGAAGAUUUUCUCAAAGAAUAGAUUCACAAAGAAAGAGUUUGUAUUCAGUAGAGUAAUGGGCAAGAGCUUCCACGAAUAUGCCAAGACUAUCACUCCAGAGCAGCCAAAGUAAAUAAUUUUAGUGAACAA